AUGCACCAGGGAAACAAAUACCAGCGGCUCCACAACCUGGAGCCACAACCACAGGAUGGACUACCAUCCUCUACAUGCGACGCCAGCACCGGCACCGGUACUGGCUACAUUUCAGGAUCACCCUAUGCAACCGGCAGCAACAAUAUAAACAACUACGGCACAGGCAUGCUCACCGGCCCAUACCAAAACUCCACCCAAACAGGAACAGAAACCGGAACCGCAGCAAUGGAUUCCUCCCCCGCAACAACCACAGACUCCACUCUAAAAUCAAUAACCACAUCUCUAUUCAGUAGUAACAACGCCCCCACCUCUCCAUCUUCUUCAGAAACUCCCUCCCAAUCUACACUCAUCAUAGCACCUCCCUCCAGUACCUCCAGUACGAACGGAAUGGGCAUCGCUGCUACGGGGAUUAAUUCUACGACGGGCGCGCAACAAACUACUCUUUCCGGCUGA